AUGUCAGCGGCCAGCAGCGCGCACCAGCACCGCAACCUCAUCGGCCAUCGCAUCGCCGAUGGGCGGCUGGAGCUCUGCGCCGUGCUAGGUCUUGGCGCUUACGGCGUCGUCUACCUUGCACGCGACGUCACCCAUCCGCUCCACCAGCAGCCCUUUGCCUCGACAUCAUCCCAGCAGGCAUCCGCCUCGCUACUCGCGUCCACUUACGGCCCCGCCAGCGGCUACUACGCCGUCAAGUGCCUCAACAAAGUCGGUCUCGACAGCCGCCAGCGCAACUUUCAGAGGCGCGAGAUCAUGCUUCACACCAUGGCCUCGGCUCACCCCAACGUCGUCUCCCUCCACCGCGUCAUCGACAACCCCGAGGACCCCUGCGUCUAUGUCGUCCUCGACUACUGCCCCGACGGCGACCUGUUCAGCAUGAUCACCGAAGCUCAGCGCUACGCCGUGCCGGCACCACCAGCCCACUCCCUUCCACGGUGCCCCGAGACCGGCGAGACGAUCGACCUGGCCUUCACCCCAGCACGACGCGAGAUGGACGCCCUGAUCCGCGACGUCUUUGACCAGAUCCUCGACGCUGUCGAGUACUGCCACAGCAUGGGCAUCUACCACCGCGACUUGAAACCCGAAAACAUCCUCUGCCUGCAGGGCGGCGCCAAGGUCGUGCUAGCCGACUUCGGCCUCGCCACCGGCGAGAAGAUCAGCUCCGACUUCGGCUGCGGCAGCACCUUCUACAUGGGUCCGGAGUGUCAGGGCGGCAUCACCCACCGGCUCGCCAGCUACAACACCGCCGCCAACGACGUGUGGUCGCUCGGCGUCAUCCUCGUCAACCUCGUUUGCGGCCGAAACCCCUGGAAGCAGGCUUGCCCGGCUGACGACACCUUCCGCGAGUACCUCCGCAACCCCGACUUCCUCAAGGAGAUCCUCCCGAUCUCGGAGGGCGUCAACUCGAUCCUGAAGCGCAUCUUCACCUUCCGCUCCGAGUCGCGGUGCUCCAUCAGCGACCUCCGCCGGAUGAUCCGCAAUGUCGACCGCCUCACCGCCACCGCCGAGGAGAUCAAGGCGCGGCAGGAAAAGGUCCGCGUGGCCGCACAGCAGGUCCAGGCGGCCAAGCAAGCAGAGAAGGCCGCCGCCGCCGCCGCCGCCGCCGCUGCUCAGUACCAGCUCCACCUCAAGCAGCAGGAGGCUCUGCGCGAGGCUGCACGGGCCGCUCAGGAGGCAGCUGUGCUCGCGCAGACCCAGCGUCUCUUCGACAUGCAUGCUCGCCACGGAUCCCACACCGCCCUCAUCCCCAUUCAGGACACUGGCUGCCCCCAGCGCCACCUGCCCGAGCAGAUGGCCGCUUGCGACAGCGGCGAAGACAGUUGCUCCGACGACCCGGACUCGACCGACAGCGAAAGCGAUGCCGAAUGGCACGAGGACGACGGCAGGCUGCAGGACGGCGUCGCACCUGUCCAGGUCCAACUUCGCCCUCCCGUCCAAGGCGUACCUCAGGCGGCGCCUUACACCUGCGCUCCCGUCGCCAACUGGGUCUACUCUACGGGCGAGCCUGCGACGAACGCCACAGCAAAGCUUCAGGGCCAGCGCGUCGAUCACCCUACCACGUCGUACCCCGUCAAGCCUAUCCAGGAGGCGCCCACGCCUGAGCUCAGCUAUUGCUCGCCCGAGUCGGCGGCCGACCAUGAGCUUGCUUCGGAUGACUGCUCCAGCCGCAGCGGGAGCGGCGAGAGCCGUCGCAGCUCAGCGUCGUACACCGGCCUGCCACCGACGCCCGAGUUCGCGGCCCAGGCGGUCCACGGUCGCAGCGCGUUCCAGAACCUACGCAAGAGGCCCAAUGCCGAUUCGGAGCUCGACCUCCAGUCUCUCGUCAUUGGCGCCAACGCCGAAGGGCUUUCUGCGGACUCAGAUGUGCCCGAGGCCCUGCUGGACGCUUCGAGCCUGGACGCUGCUCUGCAAUUCGGCACGCAGACCCAGUACGAGGAUGCAAAGUGCACGCGCGGCGCGUGGGAAGAAGCCGCACCCCAUUUUGCGGCUGGCGUACAGGCCUUUGCGCGCGAUAACCGCUUCGGCAGCUUGCCUUCGCGCAAGUCGGCCAGGCAGCCGGCCUACGCUGCCAAGCAAUCCACCCUCUUCCGGCGCGCUCGCAACUAUCCAGCGUCUCCGUUCGCUCCUUGA